GAGUCCCGGGCGUAGGCACCUGCCCCGGGCACAGCGCCCGGCCCCUGGGGCGCUAGGCGAGCUCUGUCCUCUCAGUUAAUAAAGUUCAUAAGCAGCACUGGACUCGCUUGUUCCAUCCACCCCCAUGAAGCCAGAGAGGUAGGGAGCGCUAACAUCCCAGUGUGUAGACGGAACCCGCAGCUCAGAGAGGUUAAGGAACUCUCCUGAGGACACACAGCCAGGAAGGUGCUAGCCGGGGUUUUGCCCUGUAGCUUCUAAGCACAGAGCCAUUCCCUCAGCCUUCGAGAACACCUUCCGUAGAUGUUCACUGAGAGCAGACUGUGGACAAGACCCGCCCCGUAUCUGAGUUGAGCAAACUUGACAGAGAGCUGCAGAGCGCUAAGGAAGAAGGUAGUGGAAGGCCAGACCGCCCCGCAGUUGCCCUGCGGUUUGUCUCUGCCUCUGACGCUGGUCUUGUUCCCACCGCCCUGUUUGCCUUCUGUGGUCGUCUGCGCAUCUGCCAGUGCAAGUUCUUUGUGGGUAGCAGUGUUCUGUCUACCCUGGCGGAACAGAGUGGUAGGUAGGUAACAAAGGAGCUGGGCUAGGAGGCAUUGCUCCUGGGCUUUGCCAUUCUGCCCGAAGUUUCGUGUAGAGAUGCCUGAGAGCAGGGCUGCGUGCCUCCUGGAUGCUACCAAGGCAGUGCGGCAGCCCUCCCCGGAGGGAGAGUGAGUGCUGGGUCUCAGGGUGGUCUCUCGAGCUCUCCUGCUCCAUUAGAGUUUUCAUCUAUAUUAGAAAAGAAACAUUUCUAGCUGAAUUCUCAUCCCUAACUGUUGCAGAUAUGUGGCCUUCCUCAGCAUUGAGAAGGAGGCUCCAUCGUCUUCCAGACUUUUCCCAGGAAGACAUGGCUGCUCACGUUGGCGCUUCCCGGACUCCUCAAGAAGUGAUGGAGCAUUAUGUCAGCAUGUACAUCCAUGGGAACCUGGGGAAAGCCUGCAUUCCUGACACCAUCCCCAACCGGGUGACAGACCACACCUGUCCCAGCGGAGGCCCCCUGUCCCCCAGCCUCACUACCCCUCUGCCUCCCCUGGACAUCUCAGUGGCCGAGCAGCAGCAGCUGGGCUACAUGCCACUGCGGGACGACUACGAGAUCGAGUACGACCAGGACGCCGAGACCCUCAUCAGUGGGCUCUCGGUGAACUACGAUGACGACGACGUGGAGAUCGAGCUUAAGCGGGCCCACGUGGACAUGUAUGUGAGAAAGCUGAAAGAGCGACAGCGCCGGAAGAACAUCGCCCGCGACUAUAACCUGGUGCCGGCCUUUCUGGGGAAAGACAAGAAGGAUAAGGAAAAGACACUGAAACGCAAGAUCACGAAGGAGGAGAAGGAGCUGCGGCUGAAACUGAGGCCUCUGUAUCAGUUCAUGUCAUGUAAGGAGUUUGAUGAUUUGUUUGAAAACAUGCACAAGGAAAAAAUGCUCCGGGCCAAAAUCAGAGAAUUGCAGAGGUAUCGGCGAAACGGAAUCACUAAGAUGGAAGAGUCGGCAGAGUACGAGGCAGCAAGGCAUAAACGAGAGAAGAGGAAGGAGAACAAAAACAUAGCUGGCUCCAAAAGGGGGAAGGAGGAUGGCAAAGACAGUGAGUUUGCGGCCAUUGAGAACCUUCCCGGUUUCGAGCUCCUGUCAGAUCGCGAGAAGGUGCUCUGUAGCUCAUUAAACUUAAGUCCAGCUCGCUAUGUGACUGUGAAGACGAUUAUAAUUAAAGACCACCUCCAGAAACGACAAGGGAUACCUUCCAAAAGCCGCCUUCCUAGUUACUUGGACAAAGUCCUAAAGAAAAGGAUUUUAAACUUCCUUACAGAAAGUGGCUGGAUAUCCAGGGACGCUUCCUGAAGCUGAGAUGCUUUCACAGCCAGAAUGAUGCUAGAACAUAAAAUAGCUUGUGAGCCAAAAUGACGUGGGGUGAGGGAGGGAGAGAGGAAAUGCUUCCCCCCCCAUUGUUUCUCUUUUUUAAACAAAUUGAAUUCCUUUUUUUUUUUUUUUUUAAUAUACAGAUUCUUUUCAUGGUCCUCUGAAAGAAGCAAUAGUAAUCGUCAUAUAUUGGAUCAUGGGGGAAGCACAUGCCUAUUUUAACUUAGUCCUAAAAGUAUACUUUAAGAUGAUGAUUUGCCUUUAUGUGUUUAGUUCGGAGAAUAUUAUGAGAUUGGAUAAUGUCCUUUUAUUUUGUGAGCUUUCUUCCCUUUGGGUACAAAAACCAUUGUGCUAGGGUAACAGCAGCAGUGUGUCCUGCUGGACUGACAUGCCAUCAGCCUUUUCCUGGUGACACAGCUCUUUCGGGGUGGGGCUGCCCAGUGGCCCUCCUUUUCUGAGCCCCCUGCUGCCCACAGCUGACCCUGAGCGCAGCCCCGGGCACGUGGCACUUUAUGUGGAGGCAGGGCGGUCGGGCAGACUCCUCCACUGUGUAGCAGAUGAAGAAAGGGAUCCAGAGCGGGACAACGGGAUGGUGUUUCCUUAGAAGCUUCAGAAGAACCUGUUGGUUGAAUGCAGCGACCAAAUGAGCUUCCACUCCACUACUGGCAGCGGCAGAGUCUGAGCUUGCAGUUCCCAAACCCUGAGCCUGACCCUCACCUUACUCUGGGCAGGGCUGCUGGUUUCACCUUGGGAAGAGCAGUGCCCCUGGUGCAUCUGGGUCCCCGUGAAUGGCAAAGCCCUUCGUGGGCGGGCACAAGGACUAGCGUGGACUGCCAGAACCGCUACACCAGACUCCCCGGGCUGCUUACUGCUGCUGUUAGUACCUGCAGUGCGUUUUACUUAGAAGAAUCCAUUUUGCAAAGUUCAAGGCUAAUAAGCCUUCUGAGUUCUGGCACUCCUCAGGAUUUUCAUCACAGUUACAAGCACCUUUUUCAUUGAAAAUAUGACCAUUAGCCAGGCAAUGUAAGAGUGUCACCAGGCCAGGUCUGCGUAAGCAGUCUGAUCAGUGGGCAUAAGCGGGCUCUGGCGAAGUGAAGAGAGCAUCCCGAAUGGGGCCUCUGAGCCUGUGUCCUGCUUCUCUGUUGACUCUGACUCAGAAAAGGCUUCUUCCCAGCCCAAUUUUUUUCCUGGAGCUUUCUUUCAAGGAUGCACACGGUACCUUCCUUCUGAAACUUGAGGAAGUCACUUGCCUUCCGGCUGCUCAGGGUUCUCAUGUCCAAGGCCCUGCUUUAACGUGAGUCUGUGGAGUGAUAACAGGCUCCAGCACUCCAUUCUUCCCAGAGCUUGUCUUGCCUCUCCUGCCCCCAAAGGUACCAAGACUCUUUACCUCUCAGAAUGUUUGGGCUUGAAGUUACAUUGAAGUUAUUUGAACAAAAAACAAAACAAAACAAAAAAAAACCUCAUCAUUUCCAAGGACAACUUAAUUAUGGUGCCUUUUCCUUUCUUUUUACAUUCUUCUGUCCCCUAGGGUAAAUUUUUUUUUUUUUGGCAUUAAAUAAAAUAUUCAAAUAUA